GCCGCUCGGAGGAUUUCGCCGGAUCCCGGAGCUGCUGUAAACAUGGCGACCGAGGGGCUGCUCCUCACCAACCACGAGCACCAGAUCCGAGUGGGAGUGCUGACAGAUUGGCAAAGAGAAAUGAGAGAGAGGUCUCUUAUUUUUAACUAGAACCUGGGAGAUCAACCAAGCAUCGAGAGACACUGAGCUGAAGGGAUAUUGUGGAUGAAUAAGAAAACUAGUAAAAUGAAGAGAGGCCUAUGCUUCAGCAAUGCGAGGCCAUCAUAAGGACAACCAAAAUAACUCACAAAAAUACAGUGCAACUUCACAGAGCAUAUGGAUGGUGUGAGCGUGCAAUUGCUACACUGCAAGAACCAACUUCUAUUUACUUGAGUGAUAGCUGCUUCAGAAACCUUGCAGAAGAUAGAAGUGGGAUAAACCUUAAAGACCUGGUCCAAGAUCCUUCACUGUUGGGAGGAACAGUAUCUGCGUACAAGAUAGUACCCGAUGAGGUUGAUGAAAUCAAGGAGACUCUCAUAGAAUGGUGCGAUGAUAAGGAAUUGAAUCUUAUUUUAACUACUGGGGGUACUGGGUUUGCUCCAAGAGAUGUAACUCCAGAGGCCACAAAGGAGGUGAUAGAAAGGGAGGCUCCCGGGAUGGCACUGGCUAUGCUGAUGGGUUCAUUGAACGUCACUCCACUGGGGAUGUUGUCUCGACCUGUAUGUGGAAUAAGGGGCAAAACUCUGAUUAUUAACCUGCCUGGUAGCAAGAAAGGUUCACAGGAAUGCUUCCAGUUUAUACUACCUGCCCUACCUCACGCUAUCGACUUGUUGCGGGAUGCAAUUGUGAAAGUGAAAGAAGUUCACGAUGAGCUGGAGGACCUCCCAUCACCUCCACCACCAUUGUCUCCUCCUCCAACCACCAGCCCACACAAACAGACGGAAGAUAAAGGUGUUCAGUGUGAAGAUGAGGAGGAAGAGAAGAAAGACAGUGGAGUGGCUUCAACUGAAGAGAGUUCGUCCUCACACAUUACUGCAGCAGCCAUUGCAGCCAAGUUGCCUGUAUUUUCCUGUCAUAGUGCUGAUAGUUGUGUUGUACAUCAGAGCUUCCAACUUGUACACAGUCCCGCUCCUGUCAUGGCUAAAGGUGGUAAACCUGUCCCUGGUCUCAUUGGUCAUCACUCUCAUACUGCCAUCAGUGCAGGAGAGCCGAUCCCAGACUCGAUCAUUUCUCGUGGUGUUCAAGUGCUUCCACGAGACAACGCAUCACUGAGCACAACUCCGUCUGAAUCACCGCGAGCUCAAGCUACAUCACGCCUGUCCACAGCUUCCUGCCCCACACCAAAAGUCCAGUCACGAUGCAGCAGCAAGGAAAAUAUCCUGAGAGCCAGCCACAGUGCAGUUGACAUCAGCAAGGUAGCACGACGGCACCGCAUGUCUCCAUUCCCUUUAACCUCGAUGGACAAGGCCUUCAUCACCGUGCUGGAGAUGACCCCAGUUCUCGGCACCGAAAUAAUCAACUAUCGAGAUGGCAUGGGCCGAGUUCUAGCACAGGACGUGUUUGCUAAAGACAACCUGCCACCUUUUCCAGCAUCAGUGAAGGAUGGGUAUGCUGUACGAGCUGCUGAUGGCCCUGGUGAUAGAUUCAUUAUUGGUGAAUCACAGGCUGGUGAGCAGAUGAUUUUCUUUUAUUCCUACAUAUUUUUGCAGCCCACCCAGACAGUGAUGCCUGGUCAGGUGAUGCGGGUAACAACAGGGGCUCCAAUACCUUGUGGCGCAGAUGCAGUUGUGCAGGUUGAAGAUACAGAGCUCAUCAGGGAGUCGGAUGAUGGCACGGAAGAGCUGGAGGUGCGGAUUCUGACACAGGCCCGUCCAGGUCAGGACAUCAGACCAAUAGGCCACGACAUCAAAAGAGGCGAAUGUGUCCUGGCAAAAGGUACCCACAUGGGGCCUUCCGAGAUCGGCCUUCUAGCAACGGUUGGGGUGACUGAAGUCGAAGUUCACAAGUUUCCUGUGGUGGCAGUGAUGUCCACAGGAAAUGAACUCCUGAAUCCUGAGGACGAACUAACACCAGGAAAGAUUCGGGACAGCAAUCGUUCAACCCUUCUGGCAACAAUUCAGGAACAUGGAUACCCAACCAUCAACCUGGGAAUUGUUGGAGAUAACCCUGAUGACCUGUUGAAUGCUCUCAAUGAAGGGAUAAGUCGUGCUGAUAUCAUCAUUACUUCAGGAGGUGUAUCCAUGGGAGAAAAGGAUUACCUGAAGCAGGUGUUGGACAUUGACCUCCAUGCCCAGAUCCACUUCGGCAGAGUCUUCAUGAAACCUGGUCUCCCAACAACUUUUGCAACUUUGGACAUCGAUGGCAUCAGAAAAAUCAUCUUUGCGCUGCCAGGAAAUCCGGUGUCAGCAGUCGUUACCUGCAAUCUCUUUGUAAUCCCUGCACUGAGGAAAAUGCAAGGAAUCCUUGAUCCUCGACCCACCAUCAUCAAAGCCAGGUUGUCCUGUGAUGUGAAGCUCGAUCCACGGCCUGAAUACCAUCGCUGUAUUCUGACUUGGCACCACCAGGAACCAUUGCCUUGGGCACAGAGUACAGGGAAUCAGAUGAGCAGUCGUCUGAUGAGUAUGCGUAGUGCCAAUGGACUGUUGAUGCUACCUCCAAAGACAGAGCAGUACGUGGAGCUCCAUAAGGGUGAAGUGGUAGAUGUCAUGGUGAUUGGAAGACUAUGAUGUCGCCACAAUAGCAGCGUCGGUGCAUGUCUACAUUUAAUUGACUGUAUCCUGUAAUAUGGAACGGCACAGCUAGUUUUUAAUGAUUUGGAUAAAAUUGACCAGUGUUGUUGACAUCUUGAAGUAAUUUCAAAAAAAGAAAUCAAAUAAAGUAAGUGAAAUGGGAGGGAGUAAAAAGAAAUGCAUUGAAUCCAUUCUGUAUCAUAUCCAGAGCAAAGUUUCUCUUUCAUUACAGUUGCUUUGUGUGUUUAAUGCUAGGUCUAAUAGCAGUAGCUUUUGAUAGACAGCGGUAGGUGCCUGCUAAACUUGUGUUCUCUCAUCUUCAGAUACAGAUACUUAUGCUACUAGCAAGGCUGUCUGCUUACUUUAUACCAGCUUAGAUAAACACAGCUAUUAUCCUUAUUAGUACGCAACAUAAUUGCUUCACAAAGAGCUUUGCUUGUUCUUUAUCUUGUAUCUUGUGUUCACGUGCUCAGUGCCAAAAGCAGAGUGGCUGGAGUGGACUGGUUUGGUAUUUUGCCCUUGCAGUGCCAUUGACUGGGAAACGUCAGAGCAGCCAUCUGUCUCAGCUGACCAGCUAGUUGGACAGGAAUUGGAAAUCUCUCAUUUGAACAAAGAAAUUGCUCCCUUAAGUGCUGACAUCCUUUUUACCAAUUUAAAAAAAAAGUGUACAGUAAUACAAAGAUUGAUAUUGUACAGAUAAUAGUGUACCAGCAAUCGUGGUAAUUCCUAGCAAUGAAAGACAUUUAACAACACUGUACCAUAACAUUUUCUGUAAUGAUAUUAAAUAUUAAUAAAAAUCCUUGAUCAUUAUUAAAA